ACCUUAGAAAGCUCUCUACAGAGUCUAGUUCGAUCAAAAGACCUACGAAAUUAACAUGAGGCCAAUCCUUUUACAAGGUCACGAACGUUCUCUUACCCAGCUCAAAUUCAAUCUUGAAGGCGAUCUACUCUUCUCCUGCUCAAAAGAUCAUAUUGUCAAUGCAUGGUUUUCACAUAAUGGCGAGCGGUUAGGCACGUAUGACGGGCAUAAUGGGACUGUGUGGACUCUGGACGUUGACUCUCAGUCCAAAUUUCUUGUAUCUGGCUCGGCCGACAACACUCUUCGUUUGUGGUCGGUUUCUACCGGAAAAUGUCUUUACACUUGGGAAUUUCCCACCGCUGUGAAGCGUGUAUCAUUCAGCGACGAUGACCAACAGGUGGUCUGCAUUACAGAACAACGUAUGGGUCACCAAGGUGCUGUAAGGGUUUUCCAGAUCAAUAGAGAUGGCGAUGGUUCAGACCAGCCAUCCAAACCGUUACACAUGUUCAACCCUAUUGGCUCAAAAGCUACAGUCUGCGCAUUUACCUACACUCCCAACCUCAUUGUCACCGGUCACGAAUCUGGAAAAGUUGCAUUGUUUGACGUAACGACGGGAGACGAAGUAUUGAACAAUGAACGUGCACACAUGGAUGUGGUCACGGAUAUGCAACUCAGUACUGAUAAAACAUAUUUCAUCACAAGCAGUAAAGACAAGACCGCUCGGUUACAUGAUACCAAAACUCUUAGAGUCCUCAAAACUUUCACGACUGAAACACCACUGAACAGUGCUGCAUUAGAUCCUUUCCGACCAUAUGUGCUUCUUGGAGGUGGCCAGGAAGCUAUGCAAGUGACGACUACAUCUUUACGACAAGGUAAAUUCGAAACUCGGUUUUGGCACAAGGUAUUCGAAGAGGAGAUAGGGCGAGUAAAAGGUCACUUCGGUCCAAUCAACACUAUUGCUGUACAUCCUGGAGGAAGUAGCUAUGCAUCAGGAGGAGAAGAUGGGUAUGUGCGAGUACAUCAUUAUGAUGAAACGUAUUCCAAAGCCAAACCCUACGGAGACCUAGUGAUUGAAAAUUAAGCAUGUUAUACUUUGCCAGAAGUACGUUGAUGGUUUUAGUUCUAUAAAAAUAAAUAUCUCGGGGUUUGAUAGACCUAGACUAGUCAAUGUCAAUGGCUUUAAGAAAGGUAUAGAAUAUGAUUUAGCCUGCCAAAAUGGUAGU